AUGGAGGCGGCGUUGGAGAUGGCGCGGUCGAAAGACACGAAAGAGAGAAUGGCCGGUGUGGAGCGCCUCCAUGAGCUACUGGAGGCCUCCCGUAAAAGCCUCUCCGCUGCCGACGUCACCUCUCUAGUCGAUUGCUGCUUGGAUCUCCUCAAGGACAACAAUUUCAGGGUCUCACAGGGUGGCCUCCAGGCGCUUUCCUCGGCUGCUGUCCUCUCAGGGGAACACCUUAAGCUACAUUUCAAUGGUUUGGUUCCGGCUGUUGUGGAACGGUUAGGGGACGGGAAGCAGCCAGUCAGGGAUGCCGCUCGGCAGCUUCUGAUAACUCUUAUGGAGGUUGAUUCCUAUGAGCUUCAUUUCGUUUCCAGAUUUGAUUUCUUUGAGAUGAUUCCCCAUGUUUUUAUCAUAAUGAGGACGAUGCACUCUAUGUUGUAGUUCUUUCCAGUUUUCUCCGCAAUAUUUUAGAUCUCUGUCUUUCAUCGUGGAACGAAAGAAAAACUAUAUUUAUGUAGAACAGGAUGGUCGGAUUGAGUUUUUUAAUUCUUGGUUCCGUUUUGCUGUAGUGAAGUGAAUGCAUGUCGCACUUUUUUUUUUGGGAACUUCACGAGCGUGGGAAAAGCAGGAAGUUUCGCCUAUCUGAUCGAGCUCCAUUUGUUCUAAAGUCGUUCUGCCUCAAAUUGAUUCUAAAAAGUUCAUGCUAAAAAAAAAAUCAUUGUUACGUCUCCCCAUCCCCCACUUGCUCUAUCCCUCAUUUCUUUUGAGCGUGUGAAAAAUAAUUUUGUAUUUAUUUAAAAAUGUGGUAAAUGGUUUCCCUAAUCUCUGAAUACUCUCUUUAUAACGUCUCUUAAAGUUCUAUUUGUUAUCACUGUUUUUGAAGAAUUUAUAAUGUAGUUUGCACUGUUCCUCCCACAUUCGCGUUCGUGUUUGUUUUGCUGUAAAUUCUUACUAAUGCUGUUCCUUUUUGUUUUCUAAUGCGGUGUACAAUAUCAUUCAGCAUUAAAAACUGGAUGCCAUUGUCACAGAGAGCACAAACUAAUUAGUUGAUAAUCUUUAUGCACCUACCAAUUCUUCAUUUUUGCCUUUUAUUUCUUUCAAUGGAGACAUGUAAUUUUAUUUUAUUUUAUUUCAUAGAAUGAUCUUAUAGAACACUACAGCUCAGACUUUAAGAUUUUUAAUGUAAACUAGGUUUCUUCGCCGACAAUUAUCGUUGAAAGAGCUGGAAGUUAUGCUUGGAACCACAGGAGUUGGAGAGUUCGUGAAGAGUUUGUGCGUACAGUAACUAUAGCAAUUGGCCUUUUUGCUUCUACCGAGCUUACUCUUCAGCGGGUUCUUCUUUCUCCAGUACGUUUAUAAUCUUAGAUUAAAGUUGGCAAAUACUAUGGUUCGCAAUUUUCACUUUUCUAAAAAUAUUGUUUCUUUUGUCUAUGCCAGGUAUUGCAGUUGUUGAAUGACUCUAACUACAGUGUUCGAGAAGCUGCUACUUCUUGUAUUGAGGUCAGUGUUCUAACUUAUGUAUUAUGAUCAAAAUGUUUAACUUAGAUCCUAUAUUUUGUAUCCAUUUAGUUCACAUUAAUAUGCCUGGGAAUGCAUUUCAUUCGGAUCCACUUUCUGCAAUUUCAAAUUCGUAAUGUUCUGCCUACUAACAGGAAUUUACAAGGCCAUGAAAAUGACGGUUUAUGCGUCAGUUUAUAUAAUGAUAUAUUAAUGGCUAGAUACAGUCGCAUGAUACCAAACAAAUGAUAUUGUUCAUACACAACGGUGUAAUCAUCCCCAAAGACUUUAAACAAAUGAAUGUCCCCGAAGUUGUUGACAACUUCAAAAGUUCCACAAUGAAAAAAAUUACUACUUCGGCGGAUAUCACUUCAGAAUAUCAAAUUAGAAAUUUGGGGAAAUGAGAAGUCUCAAAAAAUUAGUUGUUACCCUGACUUGGAAGUAUUAUUUUCAUGAUUUCUGUGAAAGGAACUGGUGCAUAAAUAGAAUAGCUUCUUGGCUUGACUCUCAUCAUAGAACUUGAUUGCAAAGUACCGGGAUAUGACUCACAGGUAAUUGAGAUUCCUUGAUGCGUCUUUUGCAAAUUUUUCACUGUGAUGUUCCCUUCCUGACCUUUGUCACUCUUUCAGAUUUUCUCCUUGGGUUCUAUGUUACACCAAUCAUAUCAAUUCUGUUUCACAUAUGUAUACAUAUUUGUGUAUAAUUAGUCAAAAGUUAUUCGCCAGUCAUGUUAAAUUUAUAACUUUGUUCCUUUAAAUUUCAGGAGAUCUAUAUGCAGAUCGGACCCCAAUUUCAUGAUGAAUUGCAACGACACCAUCUUCCUCCGCUGAUGGUAAUGCUAUUGGUCAUGUAACUCAUUUUUUGUCCAUAAUUGUUCUUUCACAGAUAUUAUAAAGUCAUAAUUGUUGCUAUAGAUGAAAGAGAUUAAUAGCCGAUUGGAGAAGCUUGAACCAAAAUUACGUCCAGCAGAAAGCUCAGGCCAUUUUAUUCCUUCAGAAGUGAAAUCUUCCUUACAUAACCACAAAAAGAGCAGCCCAAAGGCCAAACCAGCUCCACGGGAAACUACUCUUUAUGGUGGUAAGUAUUAUUGCAUGAGUAUUUGGAGAGGUUUGAGCUGAAUCCUAAUAUUCUGAAUGUUGCUAUGACUUGAUCGUCUUAAUUUUCAUGGAUGAACAUUAAAAAAUGUACUGAAAUAGUUCAAGUGGAUCAGUUACUCUCUGUUUGGUUGUUCAGUUGUUUAAUGCAUUUAUAAGUACUUGAGGAAACGUUGUCUGAUUGACAGGUUGGUUAUUAUUGUAGGGGUGGAGUGGGAGGGGGGGAAGUUGUGUGUUAAAAAGCAUUGUAAAGUGGUUGAUGAUAUUCUAUCAUCUUUUUUUGUGAUUUAGUCCGAUGGUUAUUGGAGAAUACAUAAUUGAGUUAGAAUCAUUUAAUGUACGAGUAACUGCUCUCUAAAUAAAUCUUAGCAUUUUUUAUAUUGAAACGGUGGACGUGUCUAAAUUCUAGUAAUACUUUAUGGUUGGUGUUUUAAAUCUUGAUCUUCAUAACAGUGCUAGUGAUAACUGAGUAUAAUGCUGUAUGACGGUGAAGUUCUUGUGUGGAACUCAAAAUUUUGCAAAUGUGCUUCCAAUAAAUUGUUGUAUUGGUUGUGCGUGUCUAAUGGAUUCAUUCUUCUUGUUAUUGUAGUCGACACAAUUGUUUUGACCUCCCAUAGCAUCCUGCUUUUAUGAUGCAUUUUCAUCUUUUUUUUUUGUUUUGCAUCACUUUUUUGGCUUAAAAUUUUGUGCCCCUACUGGGAAAGGUGCUUUUACUCUGUUAUUCCUCUAUCACAUUUAUAGAUGGUCCGUCAUGACAAUACAGUCCCUUACGAAUGGACUUUGUUUGCUUGUCAUCAUUUUUUUCUCUCAAUUUAACAGAGUUUGGGAACUAGAAAGAGCAUCAGUUAGUUGUUUAGCUCCACUCUGUUUAGAUUUGCAAUAAUUAUUUGAUUCCUUACGUAUAAUUGGUGACAAAAGACAUCUCUGUAAUCUGAAAGGCGGGUAUUUUCUUCAUAAUCAUAGUCUGCUUGUUUAACGUGCUGUUAUUUUUUUUAGCCUUUGGUGAAGCUGAUGCUGCUGAAAAUCCAGUAGAGCCCAUUUCAGUGCACACAGACAAAGAAUUGGUGCGAGAAUUUGAGAAGAUUUCGUCGACUCUAGUUCCAGAAAAGGAUUGGUCAAUCAGAAUAGCUGCAAUGCAGAGAAUUGAAGGACUUGUUUUGGGAGGUUAGUACUGAAGGUUAUCGCUUUAGAUUUUACUGCAUUUCUUAUUUGGAAGCAAAAGGAAUAAUAUUUAGAUCAUGAUCUUUUGGAACUCUGUUGGGCUGAUUGUUUUCUGCAUCUCCCUCUCCCCCAAAGGAGUGUGAGCCUUCUGGAAACAAAUGCUCACUUGUACGUUGUGCAAUUUGCAUGCCCUGCCAAGGAAAUGCUUGAAAUCAGAUCUUACAUUUGUUUUACGCUUUUAGUUUAUGUUCUAGGAAACCAUGAUAUUGUUGCCUUUUCGUGCUCAUUUCCUAGUUUUGAUGUUCACUGAAUUGGAUCUAACUUUAUUCCAUCCCACUACCUCUGCUGGAAUUGUGUUUUGGUUUUUCUGAGAAAGUGAUGCCCUACCAACUUGAGGAACAGAGAGUUAAAUAUUAUUCCAUCAUUAAGGUUCCCUAGUAUCUUAUUUACUGGGGUCUAUUAAACAUCAGACGACUCUUUAUCUUUGUCCAGGAACAGUGGCCCAUUUUUAUACAGAAAUGGUUACUAUCUCCUUGAGAAACAACUCUGUUUCUAUUCAAGGGUUGUGAAACGGAGAAACAAAAAGAAACUUUAUACAAAUCAUUACAAAGGUUACUAUCUCCUUGAGAAAUUGUCAUAAUUCAUUUUUAUAGUUGUGAGACAUUUUUAUUAGGCUUUAUUUUUGUUCAUUUCAGUUGCUUUUGUGUUUUACUAUUUCAGAAUGGUUCUCGUGAUUUUUUUUUGAGAUGUUGAGAUGAUUUAAGUUGGCUAGUGCGUUCAUUUUUCAUGGUUCUAGGCCAAUGUUUGGACUCUUGGUUGAAAGCAUCCUGGAUAUAUACUAUCAAUCAUGUUCACUUUUGCAAUCAAAUUGAUAUUCUCGAUUAUUCAAUGGUUUAGAUAUUCUUAAUACUAUUUUCGUCUUCAGGUGCCACCGAUUUUCCAUCCUUUCCCAUGCUUUUAAAGCAACUUGUUACUCCUCUCAGCUCUCAGCUCAGUGACAGACGUUCUAGCAUCGUAAAACAGGUACAUAAACUUUCUAGAUAUCUUUUUUCUGCUAUGGAUAUGAGCGAUAUGAUCCUCUACCACGAAUAUAUAAGUUAUAUUCAAAUGCAUUACGAGUGAAUAGGGCAUCUGGCUGAAUGUAACUUGAGAUGUUUAAGUUUUCUCGAAUGUUUUUUAUUAGAUGUUGGAGAAACAUUGUUUCUUUCUAUUUUCUAAUUGCCAUAAAAAAAAUGAAAAUUUGUCCUACGCCAUUAAACAAAAGAAAAAUGGUCACGAUCAAUAAACAAUUUUUUGGAAUAGUAGCAUCAGGAUGCAGCUCCUUUGAUACUCAAACCGUAGGGUGAUGAAUAAUUUGAUUUGGUUUAAUUUCUACUGGUAGCGUUUUUGUGUUGGAUUCUAUGUUUCUUGAAUACUCAAACUGUGGAGAAGGAUAGUUUUUUUUUAUAGAGUAACCUUCCACUGCUCUGUGGGAUUCACAGAGCAGUGGAAGAUCACAAGGUGAACAGUGUACUUAUGAGAAAGAGGCCGCAAUAAUCCCCCUUAACUUUUGAUUCUCCCUGAAAGAACUAGGAGAAGACAAUCAGAGACAUCUAAUAGUAAUGGAUCCCUUUAUAACAUAAAGUUCUGCAGUGGCAGCCUUAACAGUGCAAUGGUGUACAAAGUUGUUUCCGAAUCAAUAUUCUAGAUGUCUAGGGAGAGUACUAGAGGAAAAGGUCCCCUCGAAUGGAGCGGCUGUUUAUUUGUGUGUUAUUACAGCCGGGGGUUGGAGGGGGAGGAGGUAAUUGUCAACAUUGAAACUUUUUGACAGAUGAGGGGUUAUAGAACCUUGAGGAAUGACUGCAACUAUGAACAUAAUUGUUGCAAUGCUGAAGAAGAGGAAGUGGAGGUGGUUGUUGUCUUAUCUUUUCUUAGAUGUUUGAUGAUACUAUGAAGUUUUGUAGAAACCUACUGGCUUUGUUCUUCCAAGGAGUUUUAUAUUUUAACUUGAUAUAUUUCAUCUGCUAUGAGCGUGGUAAGUGAAGUUGCAUUAGCCACAGAACCAGAUCCCACCCAGAGUUCGAUAGGAAUGGUAUAGUGAAUUAGAUUAGAGUCUAUAUUGUGGUCACAUUGACCAAAUCAAAAUAUUUUGGAGAAGUGGAGUAUUUGAUAAGAUAACAAAAAGACGACUUUCUUGUAGUUUACGAAAUCUAUAACUUUAGCCCUUAGUAAGAAAAAGCGCUGACUACAGUAUAAACUCUAUACUUUUAUCAAGAGAGCAUAUCUCGCUUCUACCUUUGCCCUUAGUUAUAUCAUGGGGAUUAGGGUUCGUAUUCCUUACCUUUUUCCCCCGUUUAUUUCGAACAAACUUGUCUUGUCUCUUCGUUUUCUUUUACUGGAAGUUGGAUCUUCCUCUAGUUACUAGAGAGAAGGCCGAGGAGCCUUUUAAAAGCCAAAGAGUCAUUUUUAAAGGCCUUGGUUGGCUUGGAAUUGGCUGAUCCUGUCUGAGAUCAAUGGCAUCUGACUGUUUUUUAAUUGGGUUUUUUAGUUUUUAUCCCUGCUUUCCAUAAAUCCUUGUCUUUAUUGAUAUUUCUGUAGAUCCCCACGAAUAACCUUUUCCUCGUUUUUCAGGCCCUCUGUUUUUAUCUGUCAGAUUUACUGGAAUAAACAAAAAAAUUACAUUAACAAUUAGCAUAAGUUAGGAAAAAGGCUAAAACACCCUCAAAACCCGUAUUCUCUCGCUCUUUCUCUCUCUCUCUCUCUCUCUCUCUCUCUCUCUCUCUCUCUCUCUCUCUCUCUCUCUCCUGCUGGUUUUUCAUCAUUUUUGUAGAUUUAGGCAUGCUUUUAGAAUAUUCCGACCUUAAUUAUCCGGUUUAAAUUUCUUCAUAACUGGUGGACUAAAACGUAAAGACAGUUUGUGGGAAUGUACAGUUAAUAUCAAUAAACGUGGAGAAUCGUUGAUAAUUCAGUGGUUUUUAUGGAUUAUAAUAUAAAAAUUUCUGUAUUUUAUGAGUUUUAAAGAGACUCAUUUUGAUUCAAUCUGGUCAGUCGCUGGUGCGGAUUAACCCUUUUUUCCAAGCACGGUGACCUGGUCGGUGGAUUGAUAAUUACUGGGUGAAGAGUAUACAUAAAGCGGAUAUAUGCACACCAAAUUAAAAAGAUUGUACGUAGCAAUGGAGAAGAUAGAUGAGAAACAGGCUAACGAUUAGUGGUGGAUGUUGUGUUUUGGGUUCUAUCAUGGGUGCAAUUACAUUUGUGAGCUUGCUAAUAAUUUUGAAGACCAUACCCGUGAUCAGUGGAAGACACCCCCCAUGGUUUGAGCUAUGGUGUGCAACUCCCGUAUAUUAACUGAUCCGCCAAUCCCAGUGAACCAUUUGUUUGCUAUGCGUCCAACCUAAUAAAAAGAUGCCUAACUCUAGGUAUUCUUUGCACAGUACAGGGUGCCUAUUAGGCGCUCUUUAAUGACAUUCGAUGAUAUUCUUAAUUCACUAAAUAUUUUGAGGGGAAGGAAAGGUGCAGAACUACAUUUCAAGUUUAGCAUAAAGGUUGGGUAUAUAUUUGUUAUCAAGAGUAGUUAUGGAAGCAUGUGGAAAGGAUGAACAGUCCUUACUUGGGAAAUAUACAAUUGACUUGAUUUGUUGGCUUUGUUUUCUGGAAUCCCUUCGGCCCUUCAGAGGGAAUAAACUCAUGGUGUAAAUAUGCGUAGAUAGCUGAAGGUUUUUGUGAGAAUGUCCUCUAUUUUGGUUUGGUUCUUUGGUAGAGCGUCGGAUGUUGGCAAUCCUUACUGAUGUUUUAUAUAGUGUUUAUCUGUUUUGACUUCCUUGCUGGCAGCUUCUGCUAGUUUUCUGCUAGUAUUAUUUUCUACUACUUUUUAUGUAAAUCAUUUUGAAAUGAACAUGCUAUGACCAGGAAAUUUUCAUUCGAUUGACGUUGAUUCCGUUUUGAAGAGUUCAGUGAGUUAUGGAACAAUGGUGCUUCAUUGGAUGGAAUGUGGCACUAUUUUGUUGUUUAUUUUAUUUGGCUUUCAGCGCUGUUCCUGAAGCUGUCAACAUUCUGUCAAAUGCCAUUUGUCUGACUGUACUUCAUUUAUUCCAGGCCUGCCAUCUUUUGAACUUCUUGUCAAAAGAACUUUUGGGGGACUUUGAGGCUUGUGCUGAGACGUUAAUACCGGUAAAUUAUUUCUUCUUCUGACUUUCAGUCUGCUGUUCAAUGAUCUCAGUUCUUAAUGGUCCUUGCUUGUUUCAGGUGAUCUUUAAGCUCGUUGUAAUUACAGUUCUUGUGAUCGCUGAGUCUGCUGACAACUGCAUAAAAACGGUUUGAAACAUUGUGCCCGUUUUUUUUCUUUUGAUAAGGUUUUACAAGAUCGUGUUAAAAUAAUGUCUGAGUGUUCCAGAUGCUACGUAACUGUAAAGUUGCUCGUGUUCUUCCCCGAAUAGCUGAUUGUGCGAAAAAUGACCGAAGUGCAAUCCUUCGUGCCAGGUAAGAGUGACAAGAGACCUAUCAUCUGUGCUGCAUUAAUACUUAUUUUGCUUAUAUUUUCCAUUGCAGAUGUUGUGAAUAUGCACUGUUAAUUUUAGAGUACUGGGCUGAUGCUCCAGAAAUUCAGCGCUCGGCUGAUCUUUAUGAAGAUCUUAUUAAGUGUUGUGUGGCUGACGCAAUGAGUGAGGUAAAACUAAUUUUUUGUUGUUUUGUUUCUAGGAUUGCCUUAAAUAAGACCUUUACUACGAACUGGUCUUGGACCCAAAAAAACCCAAAUGUUUGAGCAUGUGUUGUCAUAACCGAAUGCUGGGAACUUUCCUCUUCAGAACUUCCAAGGGUAGGUAUUUGGGAGUAAUCAUUGUUAACAUAGGAAAGCAUUAGGAAAGAGUUCUUUUUUUGUUUUUGGUUGGGGUUGAUCACGUGCAUUGCACUUUCUGUCCUGUGCGAUAAUGAUAUUGUGAUAAGAACUACAACGUUUGAAUGCAUAUUGUUUCGCCUAUAUGAGCAUUGGUGAAUGUCAGAAUGUUGGCUCGCCAACUAUCUGUCUGGUUGACUACUAUGCGUGGUAUCACAUUGCUUGUUCUGAUUGUGUGGGUGUUGGUAGAUGCCUUACCCUUUUUAAAAAUACGUUACGGAUUGAUAACUUUUUAUCUUUUGUGCAUGCAUGAGUUAACUAUAACUCACUUUCUGUGUCAUCUAAUUGCAUAGUGGACUUGUGUUAGGUACGCUCAACUGCAAGAACAUGCUACAGGAUGUUUGCAAAAACUUGGCCUGAGCGUUCUCGACGCCUACUCUUAUCUUUUGAUCCUGUUAUCCAAAGGGUAUUUUAUUCACGGUUAUUUGAAAAAUCCCUUCCAGUUUUUUCUUUAUUUAUGGUGAAAUUCAUGUUCUGACAUGUUUGCUUCUUCUCAGUUAAUCAAUGAAGAAGAUGGAGGUAUACACAAGCGCUAUGCUUCUCCCUCGCUCCGUGAAAGAGGAGCACAACUGUCACGUGCUUCAUCUCACAAUCCUUCAUCUGGUGUACCUGGAUAUGGAACAUCCGCUAUUGUUGCUAUGGACAGAAGUGGAAGUAUUAGUUCUGGGGCGUCUCUUUCCUCUGCUAAUCUGCUUCAGUCUCAGACAAAAUCUUUUGCAAAAUCAGAAAGGAGCCUUGAAAAUGUGCUUCAUUCCAGUAAGCAGAAGGUUACUGCAAUUGAAAGCUUACUGCGGGGUGUAAGUCUUUCUGACAAGCCAAAUUUAUUGACUCGCUCAAGCAGCUUGGAUCUAGGUAUUGAAUGGAACCAUGAUCUAAGUUUUUUUUUCCUGAAUGAUAUCGUCAGUGGAAUUUGUCCUAACCCCUGUAGAUAUUUAGUUGAACAUCUAAACAACUUAUAUUGUUGUUCCUAGUGCAGGAGUUGACCCACCAUCAUCUCGUGAUCCGCCAUUUCCACCAGCUGUUCUCUCCUCAACGCAUCUUUCAUUGCAGACCUCUGCAUUGGUAGAUUCUAAUACAACCAACACUGCCCGUGCUAACGUUCGUAAUGGGGGAUCAUUUUUAAGUGACCUCAUUUCUCAAAAUCAGGCUGCCAGAGAACAAGGUAAAGCGUCGUACAAUGAUAACCUCACGUCUGAUUCUUUGCCAGCCCUAUCAAUGCCAUAUGCAGCAAAAAGGUACUCUGAAAGGCCUCGAGAGGAUGGUUUUACUGAAGACAACAGCGACAUGAGGGCUGCCAGGCGACUUCCUUCUUUGCAUAAUGAAAAGCUGUAUCUCGACACGCCUUACAAGGACACAAACUUUAAAGACACUCAUAAUUAUGUUCCAAAUUUCCAAAGGCCUCUUUUAAGAAAACAGAUUACUGGCAGGGCAUCAGCAAGUAGUAGGAACAGCUUUGAUGAUACCCAACUCUCUGCUGGUGAAAUGGCUGGCUAUAUGGACGGUCCGGCAUCCCUCACUGAUGCUCUUACAGAGGGUUUGAGCCCCAGCUCGGACUGGAUGGCGAGGGUUUCUGCUUUCAAUUAUCUCCAAACAUUAUUGCAGCAAGGUCCCAAAGGCAUUCAGGAAAUAUCUCAACAUUUUGAGAAAGUCAUGAAGCUGUUUUUCCAGCAUUUGGAUGAUCCUCAUCAUAAAGUUGCCCAGGCAGCCCUGUCGACCCUUGCAGAAAUUAUUCCGGCUUGUCGGAAGCCUUUUGAGAGUUAUCUUGAAAGGAUGCUACCACAUGUAUUUUCCAGGUUGAUUGACCCUAAGGAGUUGGUCAGGCGACCUUGCUCAACUACCUUGGAAAUCGUCAGCAAGACCUAUGGUAUUGAUUCUUUGCUCCCUGCCUUGCUUCGUUCUUUAGAUGAGCAGAGGUCACCAAAAGCCAAACUGGCUGUCAUUCAGUAUGCAAACAACUCCUUUAACAAACACGCCAUGAACUCCGAUGGUUCGAGCAAUGGUGGACUUCUUAAACUGUGGCUUGCUAAGUUGCUGCCCCUGGUAAGUGAUAAAAACACAAAGCUGAAGGAAGCAGCUGUGACUGGUAUCAUAUCUGUUUACUCCCAUUUUGAUCCGACAGCUGUCCUUAAUUUUAUUAUAAGCCUAUCCGUCGAAGACCAAAACUCUCUGAGACGGGCGCUAAAGCAGUAUACUCCCCGUAUUGAGGUUGACCUUAUGAGCUUCUUGCAAAGCAAGAAGGAUAGGCAACGCCCAAAAUCCUUUUAUGACCAACCUGAUACUAUCGGAUCCUCUGAGGAUGGAUAUGCUGGAAUAUCCAAGAAAAGUCACCUUUUUGGAAGAUAUUCUUCAGGUUCUAUUGAUAUGGAGAGUGGCAGGAAGUGGAGUUCCGUACAGGAACCUAGCCAUGUCAGCAGUUCUGUAGUGCUGCCAACCUCUAAUGAGAGCCAAGAUCAUCUGUACCGAAGCUACGAUGAGAGCUCUAGCUUCGAGAUCCGUGAUGACGCCCAGGCAAAGGAUACAAAAUUUGUUAGUGAUUCUGUGUCAGGUGGUUCCGGGCAAUGGACAAGUCACUCUGGGAAGGUGGAUUCUAGCAUUGAUUUUGCGGGUUCUGCUGUGACUCCACGACUCGAUAUCAGUAGAAUCCUAGGUUCGGAUGUGCAAAGGGCUUCAGGGUUGAGCUUGAAUGGUGAAGGCUUGGCUGAUGUGGAAUACAGUCAGGAUAAGCUUAUUUUUAGUAAAAGUAGUUCCAAGUCAGCUGCUGGGCCUAGCAUCCCUCAACUUCUUCACCAGGUUAGCAUGUGACGAUCCGUUUUAGUGCCUUGGAACUUUCAUUGUGAAAAUUGUGCGAUAUUGUUGAUGAAACAAAUUUCAUUUGACUGUCGUUCGGCCGUCCUCAUAUUCAUAUGUGGUAGCCAUCUUAUUUAGUUUCUCUUGAUCUGUAGAUUUGCAAUGGAAAUGAUGAGAACUCAGGUGUAAACAAAAGGGACGCUCUACAACAGUUGGCUGAAGCUUCCAAAUCCAACGAUCAAUCUGUGUGGCCUAAGGUUUGCAUUUACUUUUGAGCACAUGCACGAAGGUGGUGGAGAUGAUCUGAUAACAUGUAUUCCCCUAUUGGGCAAAGUAAAAGAAUGCAGCUGAAACAUGAUUUUAUCCGAAGAUUAUGCCGGCCAGGCAGCUUCUGGCUUUUUAUUACGAUUUUAUCCGAACAUUAUUAAGCUGUAAAUGGUCGUCCUCAGAAAGGGAACUGUUGAUCAUAUUUCCUAAAAUCAAAGUUUCAGAAGGUUGAGAGCAUGGAUGAGAUCAUGGCGCUACUACUCUGAAUAUCCUAUAAAUGCUAAAAAUGUUAACAAAAAAAAAAAAAAAAAAAAAAAAACACUGUCCAUUCUACUUCAUGUCAGGAGAUUUGUUUUAGGUUAAACUAUUUGUGCUUCGUCCGGGUACCCGCAUUUCAUAACUAUGGGUGCUCCUGCGCUUGCAGUACUUCAAUCAGAUAUUGACAGCUGUGCUUGAAACUCUGGACGAUCCUGAUUCUUCCACCAGGGAGCUCGUUCUAUCACUCAUAGUCGAAAUGCUGGAUCAGCAGGUUCACGAACUAUCUCAAUGAUUUUUAUUUUUCAAAAUCAUAUUUUGCUUAUCAUUUUUAUAAAAUGUAAUAUUUGAUUCAUCCUCACCUUAUUUCUCAACUUCCAGAAAGAUGCCAUGGAGGACUCUGUUGAGAUCGUCAUAGAAAAACUGCUACACGCAACCAAAGACAGUGCUGUGAAGGUACUGCGCUUAUUGGGAGGUCCAUCCCACAUUAAAGGAGCAUGCUACGAUCUUUCACCUGACUCCAUAUUUCCCUUUCAGGUAUCCAAUGAAGCCCAGCAGUGUCUGUCGAUCAUACUAUCCAAGUAUGAUCCCUACAGAUGCCUCUCUGUAAGUCGUUUCUCUUCAUAGCUUGGAGAACAUGAUCAAUCGGCUGUUGCGAUUCCUUUGUAGCCGAAAUCAUUCUUCCACAAUUUUUUUUACAGGUCGUUGUUCCUCUGUUGGUCAGUGAAGAUGAGAAGAUGCUCGUGACCUGCAUUAACUGUCUGACUAAGGUAAAAAAUAAAAUAAAAUAAAUUCAAUCCUUAUUUUUAAGGGACGCGUCUAUUUAAGGUGGGUUUUUUUCCGAAUAUUCGAAUUAAAGAAGAAACUUUGGGUAAAGCUCUGAAUCAAUAUGGUUAUGAGCCUUUCAGCGUCCGUAUAUUUUUUAUAUCGAUGCUGGGAAUUGUGGCCUCUCAUUAAUUUCUUUUUUUUUCUAACUGGGAAGUACAAAAGCACCCAAAAUAGGGAAGAGUUCCCGUCUCUUUUUCUGGUUACGGAAAUGUAUGUUAUUAUGAUCGUUGUUGUCGGAAUAUGUAUGCGCAUAGCAUGUUGAUGCAUCUCCAUGGUUUCAGCUUGUGGGGCGGCUUUCUCAGGAGGAGCUGAUGACCCAACUGCCUUCUUUUCUACCCGCCCUCUUUGAUGCGUUUGGCAACCAGAGUGCAGAUGUUCGCAAGGUCUGUUCUCCUACUCUCUCUCUCUCUCUCUCCCUCUCGCUAGAUAUAUGUGUAUGUUUAUAUCCAUAUCUGAUAUUUAUUUCAUAUUUUUAUAUCGAUACUUUCUCCAUGAGGGAAAAUAAUUCGGGUUAGCAGACACCCUGGUAGUUAAUGACUCUGAAUCAUGUUAUUUUAAGGUGGAUAUCCACUGAGAUUGAUCAAUGAGUGGUGGUGCAAUGAGUUGGCCCCGGAGGGAAAAAAAAAAAAACCCAAGAAACGGGCUUGUGGGCUCUACACAAGUGGAGACGAGACCAGUUUCUGGGAUUUCCCUGCCCAGAGAAGAGAGAGAGAGAGAGAGACUUUCUUUUUCAAAAAUUUAGUGCUAGAUGUGGCUAAUGCCGGCCUGACUGCAGACGGUCGUCUUCUGCCUGGUGGACAUCUACAUCAUGCUGGGGAAAGCCUUCCUGCCGUACCUGGAGGGCCUGAACAGCACGCAGCUGCGGUUAGUGACCAUCUACGCCAACCGGAUCUCGCAGGCGAGGUCGGGCUCCGCCAUCAACGCCGCCAGCCACGGGUGA